AACGAGCUUAACUUAGGUUACACAACAUUGUACACGUUCUUAAGGAGCUCUUGGACUAGCCGCAACCCACCGCUAUAGCGGCGUUAGAGUCUGUAUACACUCUGUAUGCCCGAUCCUCAUGCUAGGACCUGCUUCACCUACCUCUACUCGUUCUUCAUCUUCAGACCUUUCUUUCUCGCCAGAACCUGAUCUCAGUCCCAUUUAUCCGACGGCGCUUCUAGUCUCUCAUUCCCUUACUCGGGCCUGCGUUUAUGGAGAGCUUUCCGUGUUGCAGUUUCUUUUGGUCCAACCAGAAGCACAGAUGCAUGUGGAUUUGAGUGUCAGAGAUGAAGAUGGAGUAGGCUUGGUCAGUCUGGCAAUACAUGGUUUUGGUAGUGAAAGCGAGAGAGACGUAGAGAGGGAAGAGUGUGUCAGGUUAUUAAUCUUCCAAGGGGCCGAUUUGAAUGCUGAUAAUGCUGGAUGGACACCAUUGCACCACGCAGCCCUCUUAUCGCCACCAACUCUUGUUUCUUACUUAAUGACACACGGAUGUUCCCCCUUCGCUACUACACGACGGGGACUUACUCCUCUGGACAUCGUGACGGCGCAUAGCGUUAUACCCGGUCGAGCUGAUGUUGCUCUUCUUCUCGAAGAAGCUAUGCGCGGUGAAGGUUGGACCGGAGGCAGAAUGGAGGCGACACGACGGCAGCUCGAAGAAAGGGUGAAAAGAAAAGGAGUUAGAGACAACAUAAGAGAGGAUGUUGGCAAGCAACUGGGUAUUGAACCUAGCUGGUGGAAACGUCGUGAGGAAGACUAUGGAUACGACUCCUUAGAUGAUGAAGAUGAAGAUGAAGACGGUUAUGAUGAUGAUACCGAGGAAGAGGAGGAGGACCAUGUUUAUACCCCGCCUGCAGAUUACACGUCCAUGCUGGUUUUCUCUCCGACUUCCCUCCCUCAUAUAUACGAAUCCCUCAUUACUAACUAUCCCCCAUCCUUUCGCGACUGUCAACCGGCUAAUCUUCUGUACAUGCUCGCCCGAUUUGCGUGCUUGACUUGCGAUCACACAUGGCUGGAAGAUUUCAUGUUGGGUGCAACCGAGUGUAUUGAGGAUGUAUUCUUUAACCGACCGGAUGACAUCACCUGCCUCAUCUUCUGGCUGCGCAACUGCACAAUUUGGUUGCAUCUGAUGCAAUGCGACGAUUCCAUUGCAGAAGCGUGCGAAAUGUUGGGUUCCUUCGAAUUAAUUGAGGAAACUAUCAAUUCCGUCUUCGUUUUUAUUAUUCGUCUCGCAGAACGCAAGAUCGACUCCCUCUUGGACGCCGCGCUCUUAGAUUACUCUCAGUUUGUCGACGAUUCGAUCCAGUUUGAGUCAGACUGGUCGUUCUUCAGACCGUUCAAGAAAAAGGCUCCGCCUACUCCGUCUGCCCAGUCAACCUUGAGAGGCUCUCCCUUACCACCUACACCUUCAAGUCCCGUUCCAAAUCGGUUUCCACCUCAAAGUCCCGGCUUAGGGCCUAAUUAUCGACCACCAUCCCCUUCACCGAGUAUACAGUCAUUUUCGUCGUCCAUACGACAAAGCUUAAGCACCUCUCGCAAUCGUUCGGGUAGUGUGGCCUUACAGUCAUUGUUCAACGAUCCUUCGGCCGAACCGGAGAAAGAAACAGACCUCUCGAAAUUGACCAACUUCCUUACUGCACUCCAGACCCUAUUGGUUUUAAUGAACAUAAAUCCUGCAUUGAUAACACAAUUAUGGAGUCAGGUCAUGUAUUGGACUGCAUGCGAAAUAUUCAACCGUGUCCUGACUAGAAAGAAGUACCUCUGUCGCUCGCGUGCUGUUCAGAUCGGUAUUAAUUUGUCCGUGUUGGAGGAGUGGGUAAUACAGAUGGGUUUACCUCGCGGCGUACAGAGCCAUUUGACUCCUGUGAGGGAACUAAUUCACUGGCUGCAGUGCCUAUCCUCAAUAACGGAGUUCCCUAACCUUGUCGCGAUGAUACAGACGAUGAAGAAUGUAAACCCUUUGCAGAUGCGCCGUGCCGUACGUGAUUACAAGUACGAAGUCAACGAAGGCCGGAUGACUGAAGAAUGUAUCCAAUACCUGACCCAGCUACAAAAGGACUGGGAACGACAACGUGUAAAGCUUGGGGUUGAGGCCUUGCGAAAGGAACAAAUGACUAUUGGGGUCGGCGAACAGGAACGGGGCCGGAGUGUUUCACCUAACGAUACCCAUUCUAUCGAUAAUUCCGCUUCAAACAGCUCUAUUACGUCCACAAACUCAUCGGAAGCAAUUUCAGCUCAAGAAUCUAUAGACCUACUUUUCGAUAGACACAGAGAUAAAUCUGACUGGGAGCCGGUCUCGCCUCCAAAGGUGUUAGGAGAACUUUUGGACUCGAGGUACAUGCUUCCGUUAGUCUUCCCCACUAACCCUCGCAUGCUUGGAGCAUUGCCAGGUGGUAAUGGGAGUAUAUUUGGGGAGAUGGGACCCGGAGAGAAGAGGUUUGGGGCCGUGAUUGGCACACCACCAACGCCGAGCUCCAUGUCCCGGAGUGCAAGUAGAGCAAGUAAUGCGAGUCACGAAGCAAUGCGGUGGCGGUCGAGAGAUCGGAAGAUAAGAAAGGUCGGAGCUAGCUCAUUGAAGUGGGUCGACGGCGUCAGCUGGGUGAGACGUGUAGGAGUAAACUAUCAAAGCCAAGGGGACGAUGAAGCCGGGGACGAGGUUCCUAGUGAGGAAGGAGAUCAAACAGUCAGAUUGCGUGUCGAUACCUUGACACAUAAACCGUCAGGGAGAGGCAAGGGGAGGCCUAGUCAAGGGGAAACGACACCUGUGCUUGAACGGGGAGAACGGAUAGUGAAUCACUAGCACACGAAAUUUAGAGAAAAUCAAGUGUACGUUCUUCUAUCUAUUGAUCAUAUGUCGCUCGUAGACCUAUGCAUGCAAACCGGCCGGGAGCUGCUGCACAUUUGAUAACCUCAGAAAAGAGAACCAUU